UUGGCCUGAGCGAACGACAUCUGGUGGUCGUGAAACGGCUACGCGAACGGAAGACAGCGACGUUGCGCGUGCAGGAGUGUUUGCUGAGCAGAAGCGUUUGCCUCUACGGUGUUGCGUGCACAUACAUACAAGGGAGCUUUUGAGCGAGCUCGGGAGGAAGAGCUGUUCGGCAUACCGAGCAGCAGCGGCAGAGCUGAAACACUGGGGGGCCAGUUUGGCUUGCACAGGAGACCGUUUACGGCACUUUUUCUCUGACGAGGAGGAUGCGGUGAGAGAUUUAAGCAGGGCUCGUGCGUGAUGCGAGCGGUGAAAGCGCACGAGGAAAGAUCCGGAGUGUGCAUGAGCAUUUCGUCUCUGCUGUAUAUGGAGAAGGAGUAAAGAACGAGGGAAAGAGCUCGACUAACUACGGAACAAGGUUCAUCAUCCAGACCGACCUCCAACAUGACGCCGAGGAUGUUGUGCUUUCUUCUUUGCUCUGCGGCAUGCGUGACCGGGCUGCAGGGCGCGAGCGCACCUACUGUCCCCGUCAACAGCACGCUGGAUGCGAGUGGCAAACGGGACUCCAAUCAGACCUUCAACUCCAGGCUGAAGAGGAAGACGCUGUCGGUUGAUUUUGCGGUGCCGUCUCUUUUGCGGCACUACAUGGCGAUGUUCAUAAAGCGCCCGCUGAACGGGGACUGCCUGACACACUCCGGAUGCUACACGGUGCGCGCCAACCUGCGGAUGCACUGCGCGCCUUUGCAGAAGACCAUCGCGAGUUUGCUCGGCGCGAAGUUGGCAGAAAACGUGCGGGGGGAGGGCGGAAACGGCUCCGGUGGCGGACAACUGCCGUACAGGCGCACCCGGCCCGCCCCCAAAGUGCUGAGUUUGGGUUUGAGUACAGCGAGCCGCAAGUCCAACCAGGUCGUGGUGGAGGUGGGAGAGGACAUGGUAAAGACCGGAUGUGGAGGGCUGAUUGUGCGCGAGGACGCGCCUGUGCCCUUUUUGGAAAUGGACCUGACGCGCGUGCUGGAGUGGUGGCUCGGGGCCGACGGAGGCCGGCUGCGCGUGCGACUGAUGCCUGAGCGCAAGGCUCAAGUCCCGGGCAAAGAGGAGAGGUACUCAGCCGCCAUCCGGGCAUCAGACGCCCAACUGUUUCUACAGAUAGCAUCCAGUGCAGCUUCAACAGUCAGAAAUAGCGGAAACACUGAUGCUUCACUGCGCUACUGGAACUUCUCCUGGAUAGCAGAGGACAUUCUUGGCUUCCCAGAGGACACGUCAACCAGUUUGGGUUUAGAGUGUUCCACAAAGGGGAAAUCAUGCCAAGGAAAGACUGAAAGCUACCAUCCAGAGUUUGCAUGGAGUCUAACAUCAGCUGAGGAUGUCUGGGCAGAGGACCAUGGGGUCAUGGACAUGGCACGAGGAAGUUCUCAGGGCUGGGAGGAAGGUCGCUUUGUGUUAGUGAACGGCUCGGCUGUGGGAGGACCUUGGGUUCUCAGUCCAUGGCUUCGUUCUCUUCAUCGACCCUGUGGGUUGGACGUGACUGUAUUUCUGCACCCCAGGCAAAAAGGCCUCUAUAAAGUAUGGCUGAUUGAGAGAGACAAACCACCACAGGUUCUUCUGACCACUGAGCCUCCCCAUAUUACAGGCUGGGCAGUGGUGCAUCUCAGCCUGGGAGCUCGGGGAACACCGUUCAGGAUCUCAUCCAGUUACGACCAGCCUGGAGAGCUGGAGACGGCUACAUAUGACCCGCUCUUCAUCACCAACUGCACCAUGGAGACCUCUCGAAAUGUGACCUUUGAAGGCCGCUACCACUGCAAGCAGGGUCAGGAGAUCAGUCUGGGGCGCCUGUGUGACUUCACUCCUGAUUGUGCUCAUGGGGACGAUGAAGGAGAACCGUGUCGUCAGUUCCUUAACGGAAGUUACUGCUCUUUUGAAGAGGACGACUGUGGGUGGCAGAUGGUGUCAAGUAAAAGUUUGUACAAAGGAGUUCAUCUUUCACUGCCCAAAAAGCUUACAAACAGCUGUUCAUCCUCAGGUUCUGUUCUGGCUCUGGAAAGUCAAUCUAAAGGCCAGCGGGGGUCAGUAGUUGUGCGGAGUCCAUUGUUCCUCUACCCUCUGCGUAACGCACCAUGCAUGGUCCGGUUCCAGGUUUGUGGAAGCCCAAACGGUCUUCUUUCUCUCUGGAUCAUCGAAAACAGCACAGGACCUGAGGGCCAAAGAAGUCUAUGGAACUCCAGCAGUGAGGCCAAAAUGGACAAGGGAUGGCAACUCGUCACUUUCCCACUGUUUGGAUUAGUUGACUCGUUCUACCUCCAGUUCACAGCAGAGAUUUCUUCUGGCUCUGAAGUGGCGUUUGCUGUGGAUAACUUCACUCUUACUAUGAACUGUUUCCUUGAAACUAAUGGAGAAUUCCCACCAGUGGUUCCUACAAGUGUUACACCAGUUCCGUUCAGACCGACUAAUCACAUGAAGCCCAUGACCCCAGUAAACAGAGGCGCAGGAGCGCUGGCCCUCCUCCCCGUGUCUGCAGACACCAAGUGGAUUUUCCACACCUGUGGGGCUACAGGGCCAAUUGGUCCUACUCCGUCUCAGUGUAGCAGUUCCUACCGUAAAAGCAAUAUGGAUGUGACUGUGGGAAUAAAGGGAGCACUCAAGGGCAUCCAGAUGUGGAAGGUUCCUGAAACUGGAUUAUACAGGAUCACAGCUUAUGGUGCAGCAGGUGGACGUAGUGUUCUCAACAUGUUCAGAUCACAUGGAGUCUGUAUUGUUGGAGACUUUAGGCUGCACAAAGAUGAGGUGCUAUACAUACUAGUGGGACAGCAGGGAGAAGACGCCUGUUCUAAAACUGAGGAGCCUCUGCGGAAGAUCUGUCUUGAACAGAAAGGCCCUCCAGACAGCAAGAGCAUGUUGAAGGGAGGAGGUGGUGGAGGAGGGGGUGCUACCUACAUUUUUAAGGUGGAAAAGGGUGUUUAUAUCCCACUGAUAAUUGCUGCCGGAGGUGGGGGUCGAGGCUACAACGGCCACUCUGAGAGCUUGAUGGAGCUGGUGGACCAUGACUUCACUAUUCCUGGUCUCAAUGGCAUGUCAGGAGCUGCAGGUGGAGGUGGUGGUUGGAAUGAUAGCACUCCUGUACCUUGGGGUGGGAAACCCCUCAAUUUGGGUGGUCACGGAGGAGAUCCGUGCCAUAUGGUGGGAUGGAGAGCUCGCGGUGGCUUCGGGGGAGGUGGAGGAGCUUGCACCAGCGGAGGUGGAGGAGGUGGUUAUCGAGGCGGCAGCACUUCAGUAGACAAUGACCCUGAGCAGGAUGGAGAGGAUGGAUCCUCCUUUAUCAGCCCAGAUGGAGAGAUAUUCAUGGAUGCACUUAAAGGCAUGGAGGGCGACGGUGAGGUGAUCAUCACCCCGGUGCAGAACUGCAGUCACUGCGAGUCAGGAGAGUGCCACGAGACUUUGGGGGGAACGGAGUGUUACUGCGAUGACGGUCUUGUCAUUGCCGCAGACGGCGUGUCCUGUGUGAAUUCUACAGAUACAUCAGUGCCACUUCAGCCCUCUGUCUCUCACCUAGCAUUGGGCCUCUCUGUAGGAACCUCAGCACUCAUUGCAGCUCUGUUGCUGGCGGUGUCUGGAGUCAUGAUCAUGUACAGGCGCAAGCACACUGAGCUGCAGUCCAUUCAGCUGGAGCUUCAGAGUCCAGACUGCAAGCUGAGUAAGCUGAGAGCUUCCACCAUCAUGACUGAUUACAACCCCAACUACUGCUUUGCUGGAAAGACAGCUUCUGUUAACGACCUGAAGGAAGUACCACGCCGCAAUAUUUCGCUCACAAGGGGUUUGGGGCAUGGUGCUUUUGGAGAGGUCUAUGAGGGUCUGGCUGUGGGAAUACCGGGAGAACCCAGUCCUAUGCAGGUAGCAGUCAAGACGCUUCCUGAGGUGUGCUCUGAACAGGAUGAACUAGACUUUCUGAUGGAAGCACUCAUAAUAAGUAAGUUCAGCCAUCAGAAUAUUGUCCGGUGCAUAGGAGUGAGUUUGCAGGCUCUUCCUCGCUUUAUUCUGCUGGAGCUGAUGGCUGGAGGAGACCUCAAAACGUUUCUUAGGGAGACUAGACCCAGGCUGGAGCAUCCUUCCAGUCUGACUAUGGUGGACCUUCUAAACAUAGCCAGAGACAUAGCACGUGGCUGCCAGUAUUUAGAAGAAAAUCAGUUCAUUCACAGGGACAUCGCAGCGAGAAACUGCUUGCUCACCUGUAAAGGUCCUGGAAGAGUGGCCAAAAUUGGAGACUUUGGCAUGGCCAGAGACAUCUACAGAGCCAGCUACUACAGGAAAGGAGGCCGUGCCAUGCUGCCAGUUAAAUGGAUGCCUCCAGAGGCCUUUAUGGAAGGAAUCUUUACCUCCAAAACUGAUACAUGGUCUUUUGGAGUACUGCUGUGGGAAAUCUUCUCGAUGGGAUAUAUGCCGUACCCCAGUCGUAGUAAUCAGGAGGUUCUGGAUUUCGUCACUAAUGGUGGCAGGAUGGAUCCUCCAAAGAACUGCCCAGGACCAGUCUAUCGGAUAAUGACGCAGAGCUGGCAACACCAACCUGAAGACAGGCCAAACUUCUCCACUAUCCUAGAGCGGAUUGACUAUUGUUUGCAGGAUCCAGACGUGGUAAACGUACCUCUACCUGUUGAGUAUGGCCCAAUGCCUGAGGAGGAGGAGCGGGUACCCAUGCGUCCAGAUGACCCUGCUGCACCAUCUUUACUAGCUGCCCCCCAGGGUACAGAGGAAACCACUGCUGUGACCCGCUCAGAGGAGGCCAAGAGAGCUGCUGAGGCUCUUCUGAUGACUGCUCACUCCUCUGACAAUAAACCUGUACCUGGUGCUCCCUCUCAGCUCCACUCCCAUCCACCAGUGUCCUCAGCAUCUGUGCUGCCUGCCUGCAGCAAGCCCUCCUCUGUUGUACCGGCUCCUCAGGAUGGAGGCCAUGUCAAUCUUGGUUUUGCUCAAGCUCCUACAGGUGAGAAGGAUAACCGUAACGGGAAGCCAACCAACUUGUGGAACCCUACAUAUGGUUCUUGGUUCCUUCAGCAACAACAGAAAAGGCAGCAGGCCCAGGCCCAAGCCCAAGCCCAGGCCCAGGCCCAAGCCCAAGCCCAGGCCCAGGCCCAAGCCCAGGUUCAAGCCCAGGCCCAAGCCCAGAGGCAGGUAGGAAAUCAAGGCCAUGAGCUCUCUGGCCGGACUGGGAGUAUGGCUGAGGCCCUGGGCCUGCAGCACCAGCACAAACAACAGCAGAUACAGAUCCAGCAGCAGCAGAAGAUACAGAUCCAGCAGCAGCAACAGCAGAAACUUCAGCAGCAACAACAACAGAUCCAGAUUCAGCAACAGCAGAAGAUCCAGCAGCAGCAAAAAAUACAGCAACAGCAACAACAAAUUCAGAUACAGCAACAGGGGCAGUGCAGGCCUCUCUUGCCCCCUCCUCCCCAACCUGCCCCUGCCCCUACCCCUCUGUUGCUAGAUUCAGCUGCCCUGCCCCCAGUACCACUCUACAGACUGCGCCGAUUCCCUUGUGGAAAUAUUGUGUAUGGCUACCAGGAACAGGGUCUACCUCUGGAGUCAAUGUCUGGACCCCAGAAUGCUGUGCCACCUUCUACCCUCACCAACCAGCAGAGACCCAUCUCACUAGGCCGGACUGGCACUGCUGAGGACAGCCGUCCACUGCUGGUGACAAUGGGAACAGUUCAGGACUCCAGACUCCCUAAGAUGGAUGGGCACAAUGCCACAGUGCUUUAACCCUCCACCUUCUCCUCGCUUACAGACUCUUUUAUUCAGUGCCCGCUUGAAAACACUGUGCCAUCCGUCUGUGCUCACCUCAGCUCACAACAAUCAUGCAUCCCCCUCCCCUUGCCGUGCUUCACAGCCAGACCAACAUUCGUUCCUCACUAUCAGCGACUUUUGGGACAAGACUGACAGUUUUAAUAUCUAAAACUUUAAGAAGUCAUUAAAUGGAGGAAGCACUGGGAGUUUUGUAUAGGUUACAGGUUUAGAGAUUGUGCUGGAAUUGCUCAGAGGAACUUUACCUGCAGAAUGCCCUCACAUCGUUUCUCACAUUCACAGGGAAAAACAAGUUUGUUGAUGUUUGCUUGCCUGCUUGUUUAUUUAUUCAUUUGUUAAUUUAUUAUUUGGAAACAGUGUAAAUUAUUAAUGAGUGUGCUUCAUAAGGCAAACCGCUCCACUCAUUUAUGCAUCAUUUUGUUCACUCUUGAAUUUGGUUGGCUUUUAAACUACAGCAGUUUUCAUCUGACUUGAAAUUUAAUGAAUUAAAUGAAUUCGUAAUGGUUUCUGUUUAGCAGAUUGGUUGAUGUUAAAGGCGCCUGACAUCUAUUAGCAGGAAGGUAAUCAGUUGCCUUGGUAUUUGAAAAGGGGUUAAGUGGUCAGGGAAAAUGUCAUGUCUGUGAAUAAUUUUACUGUUAUAUGAACACUGCGAGGAUUUGUGUGACUCUUGUGAAAGAGGUGUAAAUUUAUGUAUUUAACUCAAAGAGGAAUUGAGGUACUGAUCUCUCUCAUUCCAUCUAUUUUCAGUUAACCUGUGGCUUCUGAAAGAAGCUUUUGUGUAUAUAAGAGCUGUAUCCAUCUUUGCAGAAAAUUUAAUUAUUGCUCUUUGGUCUCUUUGUUUCAGUU